CUGCAAACAGCCAAGUGCGCCCGCGCAACCAGCGCAUAUCCUGCCAGGCGGCUGUCUAAUAUCAUCAUAUAUCUUCCUCGAGACUUUGAUUCUCGAAUUUGAGCGCACGACAACCCGUGGCACGAUCGCACCCAGCUUCUCCACAGUUUGCGACACCCCCACACAAUCUCCCCAUCAUCGACAUUCGACACCUAGCAUUAGAAUCUUGGUUCUCGCGUUCUGUCCGUGGCUCCUAGCACUGGCUUCAAGUGCUAGGAGUGGCCUUUGAGCACGACCUCAGCGCAAAGGCGCCUCCCCUCCCCCCACAUUGAACACGCUGCCGACAAAGCCUUCCCGCCAUCACCCGAUCUAGGACCAGCACCGGACAUCAUGACAAGUUUGUCGCGGACGGAUUCGCUUGGUGGCGGUCCUCUCACACCGACCAUGUCUUCCAAAUCGCUGAAUGGAUCGCUUUCCGGCGGCAUGAGAUUAGGACGAGCCGGCCCGCCUAGGAUAGACCUCGAGCCCAUAUAUACACAGCUGAAGGCCGCCAUAGGCGAGAACAUGAAUCUAUACAGGGACAGCAUUGGAGCGUAUAUGAUGGGUCGGCUAAAUCAGGAAGAACUGUCCCUGCGAAUAGAUCCAUUUAUAUACAGUAGCGCGUCCACAACCCAUCUUCACAACCAACUGCUGGCAGGCAUUUACGCAAACUCGAUGCGCGAACCUCCAGAGACCGAAAUCGCCCCCUUCGUCGCGGCACACGACAAGCCCACAACCACGUCUGGAAAACCCGCGUCUGGCGAUGCGGCCGAGCAGCGCUUGAAAUUGGAGAUCAUGGCCCUCCCGGCACGGGAGAGGCAUCGACUGAAGCAGCUGGCUGACUCUGGAUACGGCGGCGACGAGUUCCAGCGUAUCAUGAAGGAGGUGAAGGACAGAGGGGUGAUCAAGCCGCCGGACGUGGUGCCUGCCGGUGCCGGCGGCUUCAACAAGACGAACUGGGAGCUGGAGAUUAGCAAACGCUUUGAACUGCCUCUGUUCUCCGAGUCGAACGAGUUCCCGGACGCGGACAUGGUGCAGAAGCGCAUGGUGCCGAUAUGUUACCAGGAAGGCCUGGCAGGGGGCUGCAACGCAGGCUGCUCGGACCUGGUCAACAUCGCGGCGGAAAUGUUCGUCAAGCAGCUGCUGACGGAGUGCUUCCGGCGCGUGAGGUCCAACGGCGCAAACUACAUACAGACGCACGCGUUCAAGAAGAAGCUCGAGCGCGAGGAGGAGCAGCUUCAGAGAGGCGUCAUCAAGCGGGACAGCUUCGGCCUGCUACCGUGCGAGCAGGAGGUCGAGCGGCACCGGCCGCCGUUCGGCGUCGAGGAUCUGCGCUUCGCGCUCAGCCUGGGCAACUCGUACAUGGCGCAGAACAAGAUCCUGACAGCCAAGAUCUUCAAUCGCGCUCUGCAGAGGCAGGAGGACAAGGAACUGGGCCGCAAGAGCAGAUCGAGAACAAACGGCUUCGCUAAUGGCGCGAGGGGUCUUGCUCACCACCCCAAGAUGGAGAGGACCCAGCUGGACGACACGCUGGAUGAGAUCUUGGACGUCGCGUACUGAUUCGUGAGGGAGACGCUUAAAUGCCGUCU